GGUAGCCAAACUGGUGGUGCGGCUCAUAGCGGAAGAGGAGCUUCAUGACGGGGAGAUAUCAGUUGACAUUGGAUAUUUGGGGGGUUGUUUGUAAAUGAAUGAACAAAUACAGAUUUAUUUAUAAGAGAUUGACUUAAUCUGGAUAGGGGUAAAAUUUUGUCUACGCGCUUCUCCAAAUAUAUUCGGUACGCUGGUGGCAGUGACAUAGCGUUAGCUAGUUAUACUAAUGUUACACCAGAUAAUAUAGGUGAACAAGCUACACUUUAACUUGUGUGUCAGGCUUAUUGGUUGAAUGAGAAAGCAAGCGGAUUAUUGGUUAGCUAGCUUCUCGAUUCCUUGAUCCUUAUUAUCUAGCUAGCUAAGCUAUUUAACACGCAUCUCAGUGCCUUAUUAGCGCGUUAACUAAACAGACAUAAUGGCACUCUUCCUCUCUAUUCAAACUAAUUCAGCGCUAUGGAAGCUGAAGCCCUUGGCGAUGAGUACUUCGGCACGGUCAGCGCUUAUUUUUACUGAAAAUCUGCGCAAAUACAGCAGUAACGCUGGAGCCGACUCUGAAUACUUGCACAGAAGUAUUGUCCCAACUAUGCACUACCAGAAGAGCUUGCCGAGGUUACCAGUGCCAAAACUAGAGGACACAAUACGGAGAUACCUGGCAGCUCAGCGGCCACUUUUAAAUAAUGAACAGUACAGUAAUACAGAAAAGCUGGUCCAUGAAUUCCAGAAUGGGCCUGGCAAGCAGCUACAUGAGGAGCUUGUGGCUCAAGAUAAAAGCAACAAGCACACCAGCUAUAUUUCAGCUCCUUGGUUUGACAUGUACCUGUCUGCCCGUGAAUCAGUCGUCUUAAACUUCAACCCCUUCAUGUCCUUCAACCCUGAUCCCAAGCCUGAGUACAAUGAUCAGCUUGUUCGAGCCACUAACAUGGUGUGCUCUGCAGUGCGGUUCAUGAAGACCCUCCGUGCUGGUCUCCUUGAACCAGAGGUGUUCCAUCUUAACCCUGCUAAGAGUAACACAGAUUCCUUCAAGAAAUUAAUUAGAUGGGUGCCUUCGUCCAUCUCCUGGUUUGGAGCAUACAUGGUGAAUGCGUAUCCCCUGGAUAUGUCUCAGUACUUUCGUCUUUUCAACUCCACACGCAUUCCUAAACCAAAGCGUGAUGUGCUCCACACAGACCAGAAAGGCCGGCACCUUCUCGUCAUGAGAAAAGGCAACAUGUACGUAUUUGAUGCUGUAGAUAGGGAUGGAAACCUGGUGAGGCCAGAGGAGAUCCUGUCACACCUGAAGUACAUCCUGGCAGACUCUGCACCAGCUCCUCAGUUUCCUCUUGGCGUUUUGACCAGUGAGAAUAGGGAUGUUUGGGCAGGGCUUCGAGAGAAGCUUCUAGCUGCAGGGAAUGGGGAGUCUCUUGGGUUAGUGGACAAUGCUCUGUUCUGCCUUUGUCUUGAUGAGGAGGUGCUUCGUGACCACAUACACAUCUCACACAACAUGCUUCAUGGGGAUGGCUGCAACCGUUGGUAUGAUAAAUCCUUCAGUAUCAUCCUGGCCAAGGACGGACAGGCAGCUAUCAAUUUUGAACACUCUUGGGGAGACGGCGUGGCUGUUCUCCGCUUCCAGAAUGAAGUCUUCAAAGACACCACAGAAAAGCCUCUGGUUGGUCCUGGCACCCAGCCGGCUGCUGUAGACUCAGCCUCUGCUGUCCGAAGGCUGGACUUUAAGCUGAAUGCUGAUCUGCAGCAUGGUAUAACCAAAGCCAAAGAGAACUUCCACGCUGCCGUCUCCAAACUCACCAUCGAUGCCAUGGAAUUCAAACAAGGUGGAAAAGAACACCUAAAGAAGAUGAAGCUCAGCCCUGAUGCCAUAGCACAGCUGGCUUUUCAGAUGGGAUUUCUGCGUCAGUAUGGGCAGACUGUAGCUACGUACGAGUCCUGCAGCACUGCGGCCUUCAAACAUGGCCGCACCGAGACCAUCCGCCCAGCAAACAUUCACACGCAGCGCUGUGCCCAGGCCUUUGUCCAACAGCCAGAUCAGCACAGUGUAGAGCAGCUUCAGGGCCUGCUGUCUGCUUGCUCCAAAUACCAUGGCCAGCUUACCAGAGAGGCAGCCAUGGGACAAGGAUUUGACAGACAUCUUUUCGCCAUGCGCUACCUGGCUAAUAGUAAAGGAAUGCCACUGCCAAGCCUGUACCAGGACCCAGCGUAUGCAUCCAUAAACCACAACAUCCUUUCCACUAGCACUCUCACUAGCCCUGCUGUCAGCUUGGGUGGCUUUGCUCCUGUGGUUCCUGAUGGAUUUGGAGUGGGCUACGGUGUCCAUGAUGAUUGGAUCGGCUGCAACGUCUCCAGCUAUCCAGACAGAAACGUCCAUGAAUUCCUUAAAUGUGUCCACAAAUCCCUUGAGGACAUUUUUACUGUUAUUGAAGGAAAACCACUUAAAUAGUGUACAUAACUGUAGUAAUUCUAAAACAAUAAAGUGCAUUCAUUAAAUGAUCUCAUUUUACAGUGA